AUGGUAGAUUCACAACCAGCAAUAGCAUUUCAAAAAUCUAAUUCCUCAAAUAAUUUUAUAAAUAACAAUAAUAAUAAUAAUAGUAACAAUAAUAAUAAUAAUAAUAAUUAUAAUAAUAAUAAUAAUAUAAUAGUUCAACAACCAAUAUUUCAAGAUUUAAAAUUUUAUCUUCAAGGUGAUUUUAUACAAAAUGAACAAGGUAUUUCAGAAAAAGUAACAAAAUUAAUUCAAAAACAUGGUGGAAAGAGGAUAUUUUCAGAGAGUGAUGAUUGUAUAUUCUUAUUUCAAGAUUUUAUGGGAGAUGCCUAUGAAACAGCUCGUUUAUUUAAAAAACCUAUAAUAAGUAUAACCUAUCUUUAUGAAUGUGCCAAAAAGAAUAGUCCAUUAGAUUUUUCAUUGAUCAAAGAGUAUCCAAUUUAUUCCGAUUGUUUAAAGGGUUGUGUAAUUUGUACAAGUGGGUUCAAUGAUGAAAUUAAAUCAAAUAUGUCAACAUGUAUAGAACAACUUUGUGGUGAAUUUAAAUACACACUAUCAACAAAAGUGACACAUGUAAUAACAAACACAGAUGCAUCUGGUUCAAAAAGAACUAGACAAGCUAGAGCAUUGGGUAUACCAAUGGUAACAUCAGGUUGGUUACAAGAUUGUUGGGGUAAUGGUAAAAGAGUGGAUGAAAGAAAUUAUUUAAUACCUUUGUUUUUUGGUUGCUUAAUUUGCAUAACUGGUUUCACUUCCUUGGAAAGAAAAGAAAUUGAAAGAGAAGUUAAAAAAGGUGGUGGUAUGUUUUCAGGUGAUUUAAAUCAUUUUUGUUCUUUAUUAAUUUCAAGUGGUGCAAUUAGUGAAAAAUGUGUUAAGGCUGAAAUUUGGAGUAUACCUGUAGUGACUAUAGAUUGGUUUAGAGCAACUAUUCAAUCUGGUAUUUAUCAAAAUGAAAAUGAUUAUCUUUUACAAAAUCAACAACAACAACAACAACAACAUCAAUCAAAUAGUUUACAAUUUCAACAACCACCACCACAACAACAACAACAAUUUAUUCAACAAACACGUCACAGACAAUUACAAAAGCAACAGUUACAAUCUUUACCAGUUCAGCCUGAAAAUACCUUUAGUGGUACAACUAGUAGUUUAUCAAAUACAAAAUCUUAUAUAAGGCCAACACCAAUGCCAAGCAAAGCUCAAAGUUCAAGAACAAAUUUUAAUAAUAAUAAUAUUAAUAAUAAUUAUUAUAAUAAUAGUAAUAAUAAUAACAAGAAUCGUCAACCAAAUAAUAAUUAUAAUAAUAAUAAUAAUAAUAAUAAUAAUAAUAAUAUAAUGAUGUUAGAAGAAGCAACAAAUGAAAUUCAUUUAUUUAAUGGAAAGAAUAUAUUGAUAAAAGGAUUUGAUACUGAGGAAACAGAAAGGAUAAAAGAGCAUGUAAUGAAGUAUGCAUCAAAUGUAGUAGAUUCAAAUUUUAUAGCUAGUCAAUGGACUUCAACAACAUUUGAUUUUCAUUAUAUUAUUGUACCACAUGGAAAGAAAGUUACAACACAGUUUGAUAGUGGAUUUGAAAAUAUACCAAAGGUUACAAUUGAUUGGUUUGAUAAAUGUUUAAACAACAAUACACUCUAUGAACCCGAUGAAUGUGUUAUUUUUAAACCAUUACCAAAUUUAUCCCUAUUAAAGAACUAUUCAAUUACAACAGAAGGUUUUCCCGAGAAUGAAACUUCUUUCAUUAGGAGUACAUCAAAAUUAUUAGGUGCCAAAUUCACAUCAAAAUUAUAUCCAACAACCACUACUCAUUUGAUAACCUGUAUGAAAGGUCCAAAAUAUGAUAUGGCCAUAUCAAUUGGUAUUCCGGUUGUAACACCAGAAUGGUUAUAUAGUAGUGCUUCUUCUGGUAUUAAAUUGGAUGAAAAUUUAUAUCUUUUUAAUAAAUUAUUAAUAGUUGAUUCAAUUAUAAAUAAUAAUAAUGAUAAUAAUAAUAAUAAUAAUAAUAAUAAUAAUAAUAAUAAUAAUAAUGAUAAUAAUAAUAAUAAUAUAAAUAAUGAAUCAAUAAUUUUUAAAGAUUUAGUUUUAUUUAUUUCAAGUAAAUUAAAUGGAUCAUUAGAAUCAUUAAAUUAUAUUAAAUAUAUUAAAGAAUUGGGUGGUACAUAUACAACAUCAGGUUUUGAUAAAAUUACACACUAUAUAACGAAUGAAAUUGAUAAUACAGAAACACCAGGUUUUGUUGAUACAAACUUUUUUCAAGUUCACCCUAAUUGGUUAGAACAAUGUUGGUCCUCAAGAAAAAGAUUAUUAGAGUCUGAAUUCCAACCAUUGAAAGCUAUUUCAAAUGAGAAUGAUGGUGAUGUUCCAACUAUUCAAUCAUUAACAAAAACACCUUCACAAUUAUUCAAUGCUAUAAAUAAUAACAAUAACAAUGGUAAUAAUAAUAUUAAUAAAAAUAAUGAUAAUAAUAAUGAAAAACAAAAACCAGAAGAAUUGGAACCCACAAUUGAAAUGAAACCUUUAGAAAUCGAUGAGGAGGAAAUUAAUAAUAAUAAUAAUAAUAAUAAUAAUAAUAAUAAUAAUAAUAAUAAUAAUGAUGAUGAAAAAAUGAUUGACCAUGAUGAACAAGAUAAAGAUAUAGAAGAAAGUGAAGAAAUAAAUAAAAGUUCAACAAUAACUUCUACCACUAUUAAUACAACUACAAAUACAACUACAACAAAACCAAGUGGAAUGGAUACAAUUUUUAAAAUAUUAUCAUCAUUUCCACCAAAUGGCAAUAUCAUUAAUAAUAAUCAUAGUAUGAAAUCUCAUUCAAAAAUUUCAUUUCAAAAAAGAAGUAUUGACUUUUAUAAUAAUCAACAAAAUAAUAUGUCAAUGCCUCAAAAACCAAAUAAACCCUUUGUAAAUAUAUCAGCACUAAUUGGUAAUGAAUCUGAAAAAGAACAAGAUAUAGAAUCGGAUGAUGAUAACAAUAAUAAUAAUAAUAAUAAUAAUAAUAAUAAUAAUAAUAAUAAUAAUAAUAGUUUUAGUAAUAAUAAUAGUGGAAAUAGUGGAAAUACUUUUGGUAAUAAUCCAAGUGAAAGUUAUGAUGAUGAAGAAAAUGAUUUAAAUAAUUAUUAUGCAACUUCAUCAUAUAGUGAAACAAGUUCCCAAAUGAUCACAUAUGGUGAAGAUACAGAAAAAAAAAAGAAAGAGAAAUUAAUGGAAUCAAAUUUCUUUUCAAAAUCAAAUGCUAAUCAAUCAUUUUUAAGUAAUGAUAAUGCUCAACAAAGUUUAUUAAAUAUGUUAAAUAGAAGAGGCAAUCUAUAUGAUAAUUUCCCAUCACCACAACAACAAUCUCGUUCAAAAAAAUAUGUAUUUGCAAUUUCUGGUAUCACUGAUGACGCCGAACAAAAUCAAGUCAAAGAUAUAAUUUCAAGAUUGGGAGGAUUGUUUGAGGCUGUCAUCGCAAAGAAUGUAACUCAUGUCGUUACAAAACAAAUUUCAAGAUCAGAGAAAAUUAUGGGUGGUUGCGCAUCAGGUGCAUGGAUUUUACAAGUUUCCUAUUUCACUGCCUCGUCAAAUAGUGGAAGGUUUGCAGAUGAACCUGCCCAUCAAUGGGUCCCAAAAACUAAUACUGACCCAAAGAGUCAAGAACAUAUUUGGACACAAUCAGCAGUCAUUUGUCAAAGAUUAGUGGCUCAAAAUGGUGGUAGAAAAAUAUUUGAAGGUGCAAGAAUUGCCUAUUUUAAAAUUAAUAAGAAUAUUGAUGCUUGGAAAAAGAUUUUAUUAUGUGGUGAUGCAGAAGUGAUUGAAGUUGAUUACCCAAUUGAUCUCAAACAACUUUAUAGUAAUAAUAUAACUCACCUUUUACUCAUAAAGAAAAAAGGUGUAGAACCUGGUGAAGAUAUCUCAACAAUUACCAAUGAUCCAAAUAGUAAUAUCUCAAUUUUAGUCUCCAAUCAAAUAGUGCAUUGUUUAAAUGCUGGUCAAUAUUUAGUUCAAAAGUAA